AUGGAUCUAGGGGCGUCGGGCUUCGAGGAGCGCUUGUCGUGCGUGCAGGGCCGCCUCCGCAGCGCCGCCUUCGUGGGUGAGCCGAGCCGAGCCGUGCCGUGCCGUGCCGGGGCGGCACGGAGGUGGAGGUUGGAAAGUGAGGCCUCGCUGCGGUGCUGGCCGCGGCUCGGUGGGCUGGGGGCCCAGGGUGUGAGCUACGACCGUGGUUCGUGCUCCAAAGGCCUGUUUGAUUCCCCCGUGGAGCGGUACCUGAAAGCCAGGCAGAGCGUUCAGCAGUUCACUGUUACUCAGCUUGGGCUGGCAAUAUUCUCAAAUGAAAAUUCAAACAAGUAUGUGGUACAUUCGUACAACUUUUUUCUCUUUCCCUCAACACUGGGAGUUACGGAUGUCGAGUUCACCCUUUCUGCAUCUAGCAUUCAGUUCCUGUCUCGUUAUGGCUUUGACUAUAAUAAGUUCCUCAAAGAUGGAAUCCCAUACAUGAAUGAGGUACAGGAGGAGACCCUUCGCCAGCAGCUCUUAGCGGGUAACUGGAGAAUCAGCAGUGGCCUGGACAGGAACGUGCUGAAGAAGGCUAUUGAUGAAGUGACCUGUUGGAUAGCUACAGCAGAAGAGGAGGAGACUAUGGUUCUGCAGGAUCUGAAUGGCCAUCAGAUGUUUGAAGUUCAGCUGGUUCUGAGACAAGCUCUCCAAAAUGUUUGGACACAGCCUCUUGAAGACAAGAAGGUAAUGGUGAAAAAAGUGAGUCCACGGCAUCGUUGGCUUCUGGAGGACUCUCCUGAUGACUCUUGCCAGAAGGAGCUCAUUCUCCUGUCUGCCCGGGGCUUCACCAACCUCUUCCAGACACUUGUUGAAGCCAAGAAGCCCCUGGUGGGACACAACAUGCUUAUGGAUCUCAUGCAUCUUCACGAUAAGUUCUACAAGCCUCUUCCAGAAAGCUAUGAGGAGUUUAAAAGGAACAUUCACAAUCUGUUUCCUGUCCUCAUAGACACCAAGACUGUAACAAAAUCCAUCUGGAAGAGGUAUUCUUUUCCUCGAGUAUUUAAUCUUUUGGAGAUACAUGAGGUUUUGUGCAGCAGCAAGCUGAACCCCAAGGAUGCAACGUGCCCAGUGAUAGCUCUUGCAAGUGACUGCUUGAGAUAUGCUGAGAAGAAAUCUCCUCACGAGGCAGGCUAUGAUGCAUUUCUCAGUGGUUCAGUUCUUCUGAAGUCAGCUCAUUUGCUGCUGCAUGGAUCCACAGAUGAUGCAGUGGAGGCUGAUCCUUCUUUCUCUCGGUAUCUCACUGCGUUAGCUGAGUAUCUGAACAAAGUGAAUUUCAUCCGAGGUGCCGCUUCGAGCGUUAAUUUUUCUGGGGAAGAUGCUCCCUACCAGCAUCUGCCUGCCUUGGUUGUCCGUGUCCGAGGCCAGCCAGGGCUGAAUGAAGGGCAGAUUUACCAAGAGUUUGAAGCUCUUUGUCGCUUUGAUGUCAGGCGGCUUUCAGAGAACCAGUUCCUGCUGCUCUCCAAUAAAUUAAAGUACGUGAGGCUCGUUCUGCAAGAUUAUAAGCAUCACCCUCGCCUGCAGGUUUCCCUCUAUCGCCACUGGAGGGACUCGCCCCGCGUGAGCUGCCUGCUGCAAGUCUCAGGUAUUGUGGCACUGUGGUCUCUCCUCACCUUUGUACUCGGAGGAGCUCCUUGCUGUUGACGUGAGGAAUGCAGAUCCUACUUUGUGUUUGGCUGUGUUUCACUUUGUUUCAUUCCAUUCCAUCAAC